AUGGCGGACGCCGUUGAGGAUAUCGAGAAGCACGAGGUCGAGACCGGCAGCUGGGCGAGGACCGCAAAGGAUCUUUUUGCAGGUGCGGCUGGCGGUGUUGCUCAGGUUCUGUUGGGUCAACCCUUCGACAUCGUCAAAGUCCGCCUCCAAACAACGACAAAAUACCCAAGCGCUCUCUCCUGCGCCAGCUCUAUCCUCCAGAAUGAAGGGCCCCUAGCUUUCUACAAAGGCACUCUCACGCCUCUAAUCGGCAUCGGCGCCUGUGUCUCCGUCCAGUUUGGUGCUUUUCACUACGCUAGACGAGCAUUUGAGGAGCGAAAUCUCCGCCAGAACCGACCGGCGGGUUUGUCUUACUCGCAAUACUACCUGGCUGGCGCUUUUGCUGGCUUGACUAACUCCGUGCUUUCCGGCCCGAUCGAGCAUGUGAGGAUCAGACUGCAGACGCAGCCACAUGGUGCGGAUCGGCUCUACGCUGGGCCUCUCGACUGCAUCAAGAAGCUGUCCGCACAUGAAGGUGUGCUCAAGGGACUGUAUCGUGGUCAGGCUGUGACAUACUACAGAGAAGCUCAAGCCUAUGGUAUCUGGUUCCUUACCUUCGAAUACCUCAUGGCGCGGGACAUGAAGCGCAACAAUGUCAAGCGAGAAGAAAUAUCGUCACCGAAAGUCGCUUUCUAUGGUGGAUUGGCUGGCGAGGCAUUGUGGAUUGCGAGUUACCCGUUCGAUGUCAUCAAGAGUAAGAUGCAAAGUGAUGGGUUUGGAAAGGAACAGAAGUACAAGAGCAUGAGGGACUGUUUUAGCCAGACCUGGAAAGCUGCUGGGUGGAGGGGAUUUUGGGCCGGCAUUGGGCCGACCUUGGUGAGGGCCAUGCCAGUCAGUGCGGGCACAUUUGCUGUGUAA